AUGAUGAAGCAAUUCACCCCCGUCCUGGCUUUCGCCAGCAUGAUCUCCAUGGUCAACGCCCACGGCUUUGUCACCAGCCCUCAAGCCCGUAUGCCCGGCUCUGCCAUGGCCGCCGCCUGCGGCAACCAAGUGCAGGUCAACCAGGAGUCCGACAACUACGGCAACAUCCAGGGUGAGCUCCAGGUCGCCGCCAGCCAGAGCGACUACAACGCCGCCGAGUGUGACAUUUGGCUCUGCAAGGGCUACAAGUUCGCCGACAACAAGGCCAACGUCCAGUCCUACACGGCCGGCGAGAAGGUUGCCUUCACUGUCGACAUUCGCGCUCCCCAUACCGGUGUUGCCAACGUCUCCGUCGUCGACACCUCUUCCAACUCGGUCAUCGGCAGCCCCCUCAUCUCCUGGGAUGUCUAUGCCUCCACGGCCACCGGCGUCACUGCCAACGAGACCAGCUUCUCCGUGACCAUCCCUGAUGACCUCGGCAGCCAGUGUGGAACCGCCGGUGACUGUGUUCUGCAAUGGUACUGGUACGCCCAGUCCAUUGACCAGACCUACGAGUCGUGUGUCGAUUUCACUCUCGGUGGUGACUCCUCCAGCUCCAGCUCCAGCGGUUCCAGCUCCAGCGCGGUGGUCAGCUCUGCUGCUGCUACUACCACUGCUGCCGCCGUUUCCACUUCUUCCACCUCUACCUCAGCCGAGGCCUCUACCUCCACUGAAGCCUCUACCUCGACCGAGACUCCUGCUACCACUACCUCUGCUGCUAUCGCCAUCGAGACCUCCAUCUCAGUCCCUGUCGCUGCCCAGACUACCUUUGCCACUAGCACCCGUCAGGCAGCCUCCGCCUCCGAGGCUCCCACCUCGGUCGUCUCGACCCCCAGCGCUGCUGGUUCGGCUCUGCCUUUCCCCACCGACAGUGCCUCAGAUGUCUUGAGCUGGAUCGAGUCCCUGCUCGGCAACCUGGUUGGCAACAACUAA